AUGAAAUUUUCAAGUGAAACUUUAAAUAAAAAAUAUUUGGGAAAUUUCUCUAAAGAGCCUGUUACUGCAAACUUUUCAAUUAAACUAUUACUAUGUAUGAAUUUACUACAAGGGUAUAGUGAAUAUUUCUUCUUCUUAUUACUGAUUUUACGAUAUUCUAAUCAUAAAGGAUAUGGUCUAUUAAAUCCACCUAUAUUAGUUGGUGUUCAAGAUAUCAUUAGUAUAAUUACUUAUUUGUUUUGGGGUUUUCUAUCUGAUAGAAUUGAUCCAGUCUUUUUAUUAAUGUUAUUAUUUACAAUUUGGGGUAUACUUUCAUCUAUUAGCAUAUUAAUAAAUUUUCCUCUAAUAUUUUGUUUUAAUAUUAUCAUAAAUUGUGCUUAUAAUGCACUCUUACCAUUAGUAUUUAAUAUUGUUGGAUCUAAUUAUAAUUUAAGUGCUACUUCAAAAUUAUUCAGUAUGAUAAAUUGUUACUAUAAAUCUGGUAAAUUUCUGGGAAUAACAGUUUUUAUUAUUAUAUUUAUUAAUUUUAAAAAGGAAAUUCAAUAUUUAUUAAUAUAUUUUGCAUUUGCAAUUCCUGGUAUAUUUGUAUCUUUAAUGUCAGGAUAUUAUAUUUAUAAAAUUCGGAGACAAGUAUUAAUUAAUGAAUUAAAUGAGGAGGAAGACAAUAUAGAAGUGUAUGAGAAUAAAGAUAGAUAUAUUAGAAAAAUAUAUAAAAAUAGUAAAUUUUCAAUUGAAUGGCUUAUAGUUGGUUUCAUAAUAUUUUCAGGUGUAUUACUUAAAAUAAUUUUAGUAUUAUUUAAUUUAUAUGAUUUUAUUUCAUUCAAUAUUAUUGAAAUUCAAUAUGGUUUUUUGGAUAAGAAUGAUUAUAAAUAUCAAUAUAAUUAUAUGGAUAAUUCUUUAUACUAUAUGUUUAAAUGUAUUGUUUUUAUAUUUGGAUCUGCAAUUGGUCCAAUAAUUUUUGUUUAUAUCUCAGAUAUUAUAUAUAAAUAUAUUUACAAUAUACAUAAUGAUUAUAAUGAAAUAUUUGAUAUUGAAGAAAAUUAUAAAAUGGAAGAGAGUCAAAUAAAGUUUAGAAUAAUGAUUAUAAUUGGUUUUUGGUUUAUAACAGUUUGCCUAUUAUUAUGGAUUAUAGAAGUAAAUUCUUCAAUAUUAAAUAAUAUUGUAUAUGAAAAAAAUAUAUCAAUAAAUAUUAAAUCUUAUAUAUUUAAAGAUAUAAUUUGGAUAAUUUGCUUUGGAGUAAUAACGAAUUCUAUUUCUGAAGUUAUACUUAAGCCUACAAUACUAGUUUUAACAAAUCGUGAAUAUUAUGGAAUGAUUUCUGGAAUAUAUUUUUAUAUAUCUAAUUUCUUAUCUAAUCCAAAUAUAUAUAAUAUACUUUUAUUCCUGAUUAAUUACAAACAUGAAUUUUCGAUUAAAAUUUUUAAAAAUAUAGGAUUAAAUAUGUUUCCAACAGUAUUUCAUAUACCUAUUAUGAGUAUAUUCAAUAUCAAUACAUUUAAUGAAAUAAAGAAGCUAGAAUUUCCCCAAAAUAUCCUUGGUUUAAAGCUCGAAUCAAUGAUAAUAAAUUUGUAUACAAUUGGAUUUUAUACGAUUAUUAUAUUUAUCAUUUCUAUAAUAAUGUUUAGUAUUUUGGAAUUAUACAAGAGAAUUGAAUUAAAAUCAGAAGAGAAGAUUUUUUUUUAA